AAACUUCUCGGAAAAGGGGAAGUUAAACUUCCAUUCUUUGCUCACUGCCCCUGGUCUGACAGCUGCGUGAAAAUAACCACCUCUAGGUUCCGCGAGGCGUGGACUGGCUGGGAGCUUUGUCUGGGCUCUCUCGGGGCUCACGACGGGCAAAGGACCAUCUGUUACGUGGGGCUGGAAAUUGCACAGAAAUAUUGCCUGUCAAGUGGGAACUUGGAAGUUGGGGAAACUUUAAACCCCGCCUACUCCUAAAAGGCUGAGGGAUGUGUGGGUUGGCUUCUCCCUCGUCCCUCCUCCCGGGCUUUGCAUUAAACCGUAGAGUUGUAGCUCAGUUGAUUAACAGUGUGCCCCCGAUGCGCACAGGCGGAGGUGUUUUGCUGUCCACAGUUAAGGCAAAGGCAGCUCAAGCAUCUCAUCCGACGUGAGUUCAAGUACAGAUCACACGCCAACCAAAGCCCAGAAGAAUGUGGCUACCAGUGAAGACUCCGACCUGAGCAUGCGCACACUGAGCACGCCCAGCCCAGCCUUGAUAUGUCCGCCCACCCUGCCGGGAUUCCAGAAUGGAAGGGGCUCGUCCACCUCCUCGUCCUCCGUCACCGGGGAGACGGUGGCCAUGGUCCACUCCCCGCCCCCGACCCGCCUCACACACCCGCUCAUCCGGCUGGCCUCCAGACCCCAGAAAGAGCAGGCCAGCACGGACCGCCUCCCCGACCACUGCAUGGUGCACGUCUUCUCCUUCCUGCCCACCAACCAGCUGUGCCGCUGCGCGCGCGUGUGCCGCCGCUGGUACAACCUGGCGUGGGACCCGCGCCUCUGGAGGACUAUCCGCCUGACGGGCGAGACCGUGCACGUGGACCGCGCCCUCAAGGUGCUCACCCGCAGACUCUGCCAGGACACCCCCAACGUCUGCCUCAUGCUGGAAACCGUCAUCGCCAGUGGCUGCCGGCGGCUCACAGACCGAGGGCUCUACACCAUUGCGCAGUGCUGCCCGGAGCUCAGGCGCCUGGAAGUCUCCGGCUGCUACAACAUCUCCAACGAGGCCGUCUUCGACGUGGUGUCCCUCUGCCCCAACCUGGAGCACCUGGACGUGUCAGGCUGUUCCAAAGUGACCUGCAUCAGCCUGACCCGCGAGGCCUCCAUUAAACUGUCCCCCUUGCAUGGCAAACAGAUUUCCAUCCGCUACCUGGACAUGACGGACUGCUUCGUGCUGGAGGAUGAAGGCCUGCACACCAUCGCGGCGCACUGCACGCAGCUCACACACCUGUACCUACGGCGCUGCGUGCGCCUCACGGACGAGGGCCUGCGCUACCUGGUCAUCUACUGCACGUCUAUCAAGGAGCUGAGCGUCAGCGACUGCCGCUUCGUCAGCGACUUCGGCCUGCGGGAGAUCGCCAAGCUGGAGUCGCGCCUGCGGUACCUCAGCAUCGCGCACUGUGGUCGCGUCACCGACGUGGGCAUCCGCUACAUCGCCAAGUACUGCAGCAAGCUGCGCUACCUCAACGCGAGGGGCUGCGAGGGCAUCACGGACCACGGCGUUGAGUACCUCGCCAAGAACUGCGCGAAGCUCAAGUCUCUGGACAUCGGCAAGUGCCCGCUGGUCUCCGACACGGGCCUGGAGUGCCUGGCUCUGAACUGCUUCAACCUCAAGCGGCUGAGCCUGAAAUCUUGCGAGAGCAUCACAGGCCAGGGCUUGCAGAUCGUGGCGGCCAACUGCUUUGACCUGCAGAUGCUAAACGUGCAGGACUGCGAAGUGUCUGUGGAGGCGCUGCGGUUCGUGAAACGACACUGCAAGCGCUGCGUCAUCGAGCACACCAAUCCUGCCUUCUUCUGAGGGGACCGCGCAGCUUCCGCUGAACAAACAUGAACCGGACAGAAUGUUCUGUAAAGAAAGCGCCGACACCCACUCUCAGCAGCCAUUUCUUCCGGAAAGGCUCUUAGGAAUCUGGCUUUUAUUUUUCCUCAUUUUUCACAGGCAACCGAGGUCAAAGUAAUGGAGCGGGAGGGGACACUUUCCCAUUACAGCAAACUGUGUUUGGGGUCUGGUCGUUUGUAGACAGUUGCCCUUCUCAGCAGGCUGAUUGUGGUGUCUUAUGCCCCACUUUCCUUUCGCGCACGCGCGCGCGCCCACACACACACACAAACACACACACACACCCUCCUGCACAGUGGCAGCACCCCCUCACUCCACCUGCAGAACAGCAAAAGGUAUUCGAAUGGUCACGCUCUCCAGAGCUGCUCAGCAAGAUGCUGGAUUGGCCUGAGCCCCAUUCCUCAAUCCCUCACCCGGGCAAACUGCGUUAAAUCUUUCACAGCACCCUGCAUAUGCUAAAAAGAGCAUCCCAGAGCUUUUCUAAUAGUGCCUCAUGUCAAGCAGCGUGGUGAAAGUGGAGACCUGCAGGCUUUUCCCAGUCCUGCCCUAGUUGUGCCACCUUGAUCAAUGCAUUUUGCUUCACUGGGGCUUCGGCUUCCAGCAUGGCAUCUGAGGCCAUUCCACUGGGGGUUCGAUUCCUGGUCACUUUAGAACUGACAGAACAGAGGCAGCAAUAAACAGACGAACCUUGAGAGAGAACAAAAAUAUCUAUGUCUUCCUGUGAAUGGGCAGUGGGCUGCAGAGUUUCUGCAGUGCCAGCUUCAGUGGGCAAGGGGUCUUUCCCGUCCUUCACUCCCAUCUGAGCACUGCCUUCUAAGGCUGCCUGGACGUUGGUUAGUGGUUGAGUCUAUAGCUGGAUGUGGUGGAAUCUGCAAAUGAUACUUGCUGCAUCCCACACUCCACAUUACCUUACCAAAACACCGAAUGUCCCCUCCUCAUCGUGGUGAAGCCCAAAUCCCUCAGUCAGUGUCAUCUUAGGAGUGUUUGCAAACAGGAAGAAAGGCCCAGGAGAAUACCAGUCCUCCAAGGUUUUGCUCGUCCCUCUCAGUGCACAUGUGGCACACAUCAGGCACAGCUGUCCUGCAGCUCCUCUGUUCUUUUGUCAUUCAGAUGUGUUUUGACUCUUUGCAUCUAUUUAUUUCUUUAUGUACCAGACUUCAUCACAUGAAGCCUCUUGGGCUUACAUUUGUAAGUGUUUAAUUGUGCAAAUCCUCACCUUGUGUGUCUCCUCCUUGGCUGUCUGCAUGUCUUCCUUUAGAGAAUGCAAAGCAGACUUCUAGGUGCUUAACUCCUGUUCCCCUAGAAGUGUCAGACAACAACAACAAAAAAAGCAGCACAUUGAUAAGAUGUAUGCUGAUCCACCAACCAAGCCCUUGGAAUAGAACAUUUAAAUGAUUGCAAAAUAUGAAUUUUAAGUGGAUGGAACUGAAAAAUGGACCCGUUGGGAUAGAAAUCAAUUUGGUGACCUCAUGUAUGAGAAAUCAGGUAGCCAGAAGAAAUUUCAUUGAUGGUUUCCAUGCAGUUCUGUUGUCCUCUGUUAGUAAGUUGAGGGCUGUUGCCAAAUUAGUCUCCAGCCACACCUCUCCCUCAUCAUUGCUGAACAGCCCAUUCGUUUCCUUUUCAAAGGGUUCCCCAUCCAAUCCCAGAGCGAGCGCAUCCCCGAGGCAAGCGUGCUAGAUGUGUUUCAGGUGUGCUUCAGGUUGUGCUUACACACUUCUUGACAACUGCACUCCCACUGUAGGCUCCCGUGCGUGUGCACUGUUGUGUUGGGAAGGAAAAGUUAGAGAUGAGAUAGCCUGUGUGCAGGAGGUUUCUUUCACAUGUCCCAGGAAACGUGGCUUCCUGAGCAGCUGCCAUCACCUUCAGCUGGAGUGUGCCGUGGGGAAAGUGAACUGUUUGCUUGGGGAUGGUAUUUAGUGAUAGCCACAGGGUUCCGAACCUUGAAAGUCAAAGGUAGCAUUAUUUUGCUCUGUGUCCUGUGGCCCUGCUCAGAGUUUCUGAAUUUCAGAGUCACAAAGGACUGUUCCUAACCUUUGACACUGGGCUCUUCGAAAUUAGCUGGUGUUCACUUCUCAGAAGGAGAAGGGAGUUUUACUUCCUGAGCCACUGACCGUCACUGUCACCGGCACCUGACCCCAUCACCCAAGCUGUCUUCCAAGCAUUAGAGGAAGCCAGCUUUUCAUGCCGCCUGCCCCACACAUACUGCCUCCCAGGUUCUCCCUUUUCCUGGUCUCCUCCUCUUCUUUCUACUCUCCCUUGGAGUAUGAAUCUGGAACAGAGGUUACUGGGGAAACAGCACAGCAGAUGUUUAGAGACCAAGCAGAAGGCCUCUCUAGGAAACAUCUCUGUUUUAAAAUAUUGCUUCCUUCCUGGCUCUGCUAAAUUGAAUGCUCAUUGUUGUUGUUGUUGUUUUUGAAUUCUAAUGUUCAAAUCACUUGUGCUGUAUGACUCUAGAAAGCCUUAAUUUACUACCACCAAGAAAUAAAGCAAUAUGUUGGUA